GUUCGUUCAGCUUGAUACAAGGCCGGCGAUAUUACCCCGAAUGUCGCGUUCUCCAUGGUCGAUGACGGCCUCCUUGGCCUGGGCUGGUUGCGUGUCAGCCAUCGCGAAUUGGACAUCGCGAAGACCACCAUUGACCGACCGUUCCACACCCACGCACGCAGACUGCCUCUACGGCCGAAUGAGAUCGUGCUUGUGGACGUUGAUAUUCUCCCGACAUCUACUCUCUUCCACGCCGGUGAAACUCUGCAGGGCGCAUUCAGGGAAAUGACUGCUUCCGCCACAAGACCCCGGACGUUGUUCAAUUCCAUGAGCGUACUGUCAACAAAGGGAAGCACUUCAUCUGCUCAGCGAACAAUUUGGAAACCUACUCGUUUUGCCUAUCAUUCAAUGAUCUGCGAUUCCGUUGCGAAAGAAGACUGGAAGGGAGGAAGGGGAGGGGGGAGGACUGUCUUAUGUUUAGUUACUUCGUACAGUGAUAUGUGCAUGCAAAUAUUGAUUAUUUUGUUGAUUUAAGCUACUGGACCACAGUCACUGCACGUGUGCGAUUCAGGAUAUGUUCGGCGCUAGUGUCUCUGCUUCUUGUCGUGCUCACAAUGCUGUUUGUGUGCCAGCAACAGUCGAUCAAACGUAGUCAUAUCAAUAGGUGAACUCUUUAGUUCUCCACGGUCUGCG